AUGUCGUCGACCAACGCCUCUCUCGAGGCCGCCGCCACCGAGCGCAAGGCUAGGCUUGCGAAGCUCGCUGCUUUGAAACGGAAACAACCUGAGCCUGAAUCACUCGGCGAUGUGACAAUAGCCGAUGAAGAACCAACAGAUGAGGCCCAGGAUAUUGCCAAAGCAUAUCUCUCAGGCCGAAACUACGAUCCGGAGACGCGUGGCCCAAAACUUGGCUUUGAGCAAGCUCCGACCGAUGGCCGAGUGACUCUCGAACAACAGGCUUCGGAAAUUGCGAGAAAGGCUGCUGAACAGGCCGAAAAGGACGAAGAAGCCGAGCAACCGAUAGAUCUAUUCAAACUUCAGCCGAAGAAACCGAAUUGGGAUUUGAAACGCUAUCUAGACGAGAAGACGCGGGUGUUGAAUGUCAGGACAGAGAACGCCAUCGCCAGGCUGGUGCGCGAACGGAUUGAGAAUGCACAGCGUGCUGGACGAGAGAAAGCACGACCCGGCAAUGCAGAGGGAGACGGCGAAGAAGUCGGCAUUGAAGGGGAUGCGUUGGUGGAAGGUAUUCAUGUUCGCGAGCAGGAGGCGAACAACGAGGAUGAGGAUAUGAUUUAA